UGUAUAGCCAUGAAACAAAGACACGACAUUCAUGUUUCAGUAGGAAGAAAUAUAACAAAUUUAGGCAGAAAGAUUUUAAAAAGAGAAUUAAAUUUGUCCUCUUGUUGAAAACGUUUUAAUUUCGCACAUAUAUGCAGUUUGCCUUUUCUUGGUCACGCUCUGCUCUGGUCCAAUGAAUAAACGUGAUACUAGAAUGUCAUACCGGGUAGCCAAUGGGAUACAAGCUACACUAUGACGCGCUAAACCAGUGACAACAGCGCCUAAAGAGUUUCGGCUCUGUCCUGAAAUGCGGAUCAGUCUAAAUCUGUUCUGAAGUCUCUAGACCGAAUCUGCUGAAGCUUUCGAGUGCUGAAUGUCGCCUGCUGGGUCUUUUACUGCUUUUUACUGUUCUGGGUCUUUUGGGGUUUAUAAUGGCGGGUUGUGUUCAGUCAUUUUAGACGAAUAGCUGCACUAGCAUGUCACUGUCACUGGGGCUAAAGUUGAGCUCACCAUGUUAGUACUGAGUCAGAACUGCUCUAACGAGACCAACACAAUAGACUUACAAACUACAACAGAGGCAGACUAGACCUCAGAGUCGGUAUUGUCUGGUAUUCCCGUGGAGAGCGCCGUGUUUACAAGUGAAAAAAUGUCCGUGGAGCGGACUUGCUGUGUUGUCACUGUUUCAGAGAGCAGCUGCAGUCCGAAGCAGCGAAACCCGCUGAGCUGUAGCGGAGUCAUUUUGAACGAGCAGUCUGGGAUUGUGCUGUGCAGCGGUCUGCUGUUUUCUCCUUUCUUAAACUACAAAGAAUACAUAAGCCCAGACCUAACAGUACUGCAUGCUAAUAACUUUAGUAACAAGAUGCAAGUUUCCAUAUAUCAUGCAGAUAUGACAGCAGACGAAGGCACAAGCAAGCUGAGCCUAAAGAAUGGACACCAAAGGCAACCCCAAAAUGCUGAGCUUCUAAUGAUGGUGAACUGCAUGGAGUUUCACAAGGCUCUUCAGUCAAUAUUCAUUGAAGCAGAAAAGUGGAACUUCUAUAGUGGUGACGAGGACACUGAAAUUCUCUUCGACUCCAUUUUUUUAAGUUGGUUUGCAGUCCUCAGAAUACCUAGCCUGGCCACAGGUACCCAAGGUGAUACUGUACCUUGGGUAAAGAGCACAACCCUUAUAAAAGGCCAUUCUGUCCUUGCAUGUGGCUCUCCAUUUGGUUCCUUCUGUCCAGAUCUCUUCAUGAGUACCCUUAGCAAAGGCAUCGUGAGUAAUUUGGCAGGGGAGGAGAAUGCAUUGAUCUUGACUGAUGCCCGCUGUCUGCCUGGCACCGAAGGAGGAGGCCUAUUUGUCAGUAAUGGAGAAACACCGCAUCUUGUAGGUCUUAUCACUUCACCGCUGUGUUGGAAGUCGAAUGAAUGGAUUGGCCUGGCAUUAGUGUGUUCUUUCCACUUAAUUUUGAAAAACAUACUACAGGCUGUAACUUCUCAUCAGUCACUGAGAGAAAUCUCAGCUUUCAUGGACAUCCCUCAAGUCUCAUCCAAUGCAAACCAAAGGUCAGCCAAUGAAAAGUACCCCAUGGUGGCUGUGGUUGAAAGUGGCCAGCUGUGGGGUUCUGGAAUACUCCUAAACCCAAAUACAGUUUUAACCUGCAGACAUGUGGUCAAUGGAAAAACAUUUCUACAAGUCAGAGUCAAUGCCAGAGAAAGGUUUCUGACAGUGACUGGUCGGGUACUCUACUCUUCAAAGGCAUCUUCUCCAUAUGAUGUAGCUGUGGUGCAGCUUCAGGAGCCCUACUCAGAUGUUGUGGUGCCACAAUUAGCUACCAGUUAUCACCUGGGUGAAGAUGUGGUUGUGUUGGGUUAUGGUGCAUUAGGUAAAACCUGUGGCCCAUCAGUGACCUCAGGGAUCAUUUCCAGAGUCAUCACCCAGAAAAACAAGCCAGUGAUGCUUCAAACCACAUGUGCAGUGCAGUGUGGAGCCAGUGGUGGUGCUGUUAUCCGUGCCAGCACUGGGGAGUUGCUAGGUAUCGUGUCCAGCAAUACAAGAGACUUUGCAGCAAAGGUUACGUAUCCUCACUUAAACUUCAGCAUCCCUCUUUCUGUUUUGGAGCCACUACUGGGCCGCUUCGCCCAGACAGGAGAUGCUUCUGUAUUUCAGGUUUUGGACAGUGUAGAGGAUGAGAUUAGGAGAGUGUGGAGACUUCAGAUUCCACAAAGUAAGCUGUGAAUAUUUCCUUUUUAUUCAUAUAGAAAGUGCAAAUGUUCACCUUCCUUACUGUUUGCCUAUUAGUACAUUCCCACCACAGCAUUCACAGACAGACUACUCUACUUUUGAGUGCUGACGGUUCAGUCUAUUGUAAAAAUAGAAAAGUCUGUUGAUUAUUCUGUAUAGCUUUAAGUAAACAAAGGAUAUUUUGAGGACGUUUUGAUUGUUGUCCAUAGGUACUGAAAGUGAUGAUGACAGAUUAGUAAAGAGACUAAUUCCUAAUAAUUCUGUUCUGAUAAGAAAGGAAAAAUCAGUGUAGAUUGUAUCAAGGAAUAGUUAUAACAUAUUACAUUCCCAAAUUAAGUGUACUGUUUCAGUGUUCAAAAGGGACAAAGGGAUAUAAAGUUGACUCUGAAGUUCUUUGUAACCAGGAAUCUUUAAAAGUCAACCAUGUGACAAGCAGUUAGGCAGUAAUAAGUGAGUUACAGGUGUGACGCAGUGAAUGAAGUUGCAACUAUAUGACAAACCAUAUGAAAAGCUUUUAAAAAAAUUUUGCCCCCUAAAAUACAUUUGUUUCUCCUUGUAACAUAUUGCUUCACUUGGUUGAUAUCAAAUCAGCCAUGAAAUAGGUGCAGAACAUCGGAGAAUUUAAAGUGCCUAAGAGAUGUGCUUAUUCAUGCACAUCAUUCUCAUAUAUUACUUCUGCCUUAGGAGAUGGUGUGGCCAUUUGAAUGAAAGUAAGUGAAUAUGGGGAAAGCCUGUUUAAAGUAGAAAAAAAGCUAGAUUGAAAAGACUUGCUGCUGUGCUGCCAUAGGCAUUUCUCUCUGAUUGAAGACAAAGCACUGAUUACUGCUGUCGUGGAUGACUCACUGGUCCAUUUAUUCCAGACAAGGUCUGUGUCUAGCUAACUGGACCUUUCAUCGUCUUGACCGGAAAUCAAAAUAAAGUCUGUAAAGUGGAGACAUUGUGUCACAUUUCUCCAUGCACAUCUUCACUGUUUCAUGUGUCCUCACAUUGUAACAAUGCCUCAUUAAAAGUUUUUUUUCCCAA